AUGGAAGAGUCAAGUAAAAAUAGAAACAUAAAUAAUACGAAAAAGAUAAGCAAUAAAGAUAAUUAUGAAAACAAGAAGAUAAAUGGUGAAGAUGUGAAAGAAUUUAACGAUGAAAAUUAUAUUAGUAAGAAUAAUAGUGAUGUUAAAUAUGACAGUAGUGAUGAGAAUGCAAAUGAUCCUUUAUUUAACAUAAAGGAAGGAUUGACGCAGUUAGAAAAAACACUAUGUGGUAAGGGGUAUGCCUUCAGCAAUCUAAUUUGUAAAAAUAAAAACCUGAGCUCUAUUCCAAAAGAAAUAGAAAAAUACAUACACUUGAAGUAUAUAAAUAUGUCUCACAAUAAAAUUGAAGAUAUUACAAAUUUGUAUCAAUUACCUUCCGUCAUUUUUUUAGAUAUAUCAUAUAAUUUAAUUAAAAAUAUAGGACAAUUAAAGAAUACAUUUUUAAAAAAUUGUAUAUACAUAAACUUGUCUCAUAACAUAAUUAAAAAUGUGGAAGACGUAAAAUUGAAAAGCAUACUUGAAUUUGACUUAUCAUAUAAUAAUAUAGAUAGACUAGACAUACACAUCUCUUAUACAGUAAAAAAAUUAAUUAUAUCUAAUAAUAAUAUUAAAAAAUUAAGUUUUAAAAACAUGUUACCUAAUUUAGAAUUCUUAGAUAUAUCUUCUAAUCCUAUUGAAAAUCUAGAAUUUUAUGAAGAUACACCCAACAUAAAUGUUUUAAAAAUAAAUAAUAAUUCUACUAUACAAAUGAACCAGUUGAUUUAUUUAAAUAAUCUUAAAUUCUUAAAACAUUUAGACAUGGAAAAUUAUCUCUAUUUCAAGGACAAAUCAUAUAAAGAAGUAAAGCAAAUUCUUUUAGAAAAUACCAAAGAUAUUAACUUAUUAACAUUUAAUGGCAAUCGUAUUGUCAACAAAAUGAUGAAAAAUUAA